AGAGGACCAUUCUUCAACCCAACUCCCUCGGAGAGCACAGGCCAUGGCAUCCACGGAGACGAGUACUACGUCUACCACCAACGACUUCUCCGGCAGCAAGACCGCCCCGGAGUACGGAUACGCGGUGCCGUCGCGGCCGCCUCCCAAUCUCUUCUUCCUCGACUUCGGGCUGAGGCUCCUCCUCUUUGCGUCCGCCGUCACGGCGCUCGUGGUCAUGGUCACCAGCAAGCAGACCAAACUUAUUUCCGUCACUGUGGCGCCUUCGUCCCAGAUCUUGGUCAGUCGCGACGCCAAGUUUCAGCACUCUCCGGCCUUCAUAUAUCUGGUGGCUGCGCUUUCGGUCACUGGUUUGUACAGCAUCAUCACCAUGUUGGUUUCCUUGUUUUCCAUCGCAAGCCCCUCUCCAUCACCAAAGACGCUGUUCCUUCUCAUCCUCUUCGACACGCUGAUGGCCGGAGUGAUGGCUUCAGCCACCGGCAACGCGGGAUCCGUCGCCUACAUAGGUCUGAAGGGCAACUCUCAUGUGAAUUGGAACAAGAUCUGCAACAUGUAUGGGAAGUUCUGCCGGCACGUAGGCAGCUCCACGGCCGUCUCCCUCAUCGCCUCCAUCGUCCUCGUCUUGCUCGUCGUGCUCUCCUCCUAUUCUCUCUACCGUCGCAGUCGCUAAUGAUAGUUAACGCGUCCACCUUCUCUCUUUAGCAGGUAGAGUUUGGUGUCACGUUUAGUGGUGUGUAAUCCAUUCACAUGGUCUUGUCGCCGUCGUCGUCGUUCGUCUUGUGUAAUGGUGAUAGUGUGGUUUGCUUCUUCGUGUCGUCGGCAAAUGUGAAAACACUGGUUUCUGUUUUGUUGA